AUGAACAAGAAGUCGUUUUCUUUCAUCUGUUCUGUCUUCAUGUCCAUUGUCACUGUUCAUUCACAAAUAUGUUUGGACACUUCAGGUUCUUUCCCACCAAACAGUGCUUACGACAAGAACCGCCGUCUCGCCCUCUCAUUCCUUGCUUCUAACGUCACCGCUCGAAAUGGAUUCUACAACGUUUCGGUCGGUCAAGGCUCCAACAGGGCUUACGCAGUUGGGAUGUGCAACCCAGGUCCUGAACACGGCUUCUGUUCCAACUGUAUCCAAGUCGAAUCUGCCAAGCUAAUACAGACUUGCUCGAACCAGACAGAAGGGUUUGAAUGGCAAACUGAUGAUAGUAUCGCUUGCCUUGUUCGCUACUCCAACCGUUCAUUCCUCGGAUCGCUCGGCUCAAGCCCACAUGUCGUGUUUUUCAAUGCCGGAGAACUGAACACGAAUCUAACCAAGUUUUACGGAAUUUGGGAGGGACUAAUGACUCGUGUGGUGGAGGCAGCUUCUUCGAGCAACGAUAGCGCAUCAUUGUCUAAUCGUAAGUACUAUGCGGUGGAUACAGCCGCCACCACAGCCUUCGCGAAUAUAUACACGUUGAUGCAGUGCACACCGGAUAUAUCUUCCGCGGAUUGCAAGGAAUGUCUGCAGAAAUGUGUCGGUGACUAUAAAUUGUGUUGCCGUCAGAACCAAGGCGGCGCCAUUGUAAGGCCGAGUUGCUUGUUCCGGUGGGAUCUGUUUCCUUUCGCCGGAGCUUUUGAGAAUACCACAGUUGCGUCACCACCUUCUCAAGCCCCUUCACCGGCCGAUCAACCCCCUUCAUCGACCGGUCAUGCCAACACUACCAAGAAAGAAAGCAGAGGAAUCUCAAAGGGAACCAUUGCGGGAAUCAUUGUUUCAGCUCUAGUUGUUGUCUUCGUGUUGCUUGGUCUUGGAUAUGUUGUCUGCUGCAGGGAAAAAUCUUACACAGAAGCUGAUCUUCAAAAUGGUGAUGAUAUCACAUCUAGACACUCGCUGCAAUUCGAUUUCAAGACAAUUGAGGCUGCAACAGAUAGAUUUUCGGAGAGCAACAAGAUCGGUCAAGGUGGAUUUGGGGAAGUUUAUAAGGGUAUGCUUCCGGACGGGAAAGAAGUUGCGGUGAAGAGGCUGGCCCAGAACUCGGGACAAGGUUCGCGAGAGUUCAAGAACGAGGUUCUUCUUGUAGCAAAGCUUCAACAUAGAAAUCUUGUUAGACUUCUCGGGUUUUGCUUGGAAGAAGAAGAAAAGAUACUCGUCUAUGAGUUUGUACUCAACAAAAGCCUCGAUUAUUUUCUGUUUGACCCUUCAAGACGAGAUCAUUUGGAUUGGACAAGACGGUACAAGAUUAUUAGAGGGAUUGCUAAAGGAAUUCUAUAUCUUCAUCAAGAUUCAAGACUCACAAUUAUACACCGUGAUCUCAAAGCAAGCAAUAUUCUCCUAGAUGCGGAUCUAGACCCCAAAAUUGCAGAUUUUGGCAUCGCGAGGAUCUUGGGAGUGGACCAAAGCCGAGCUGAUACAAGCCGAAUAGUUGGAACUUACGGUUACAUGUCUCCAGAGUACGCGAUGCACGGUUAUUUUUCCCUAAAAUCUGAUGUCUACAGCUUCGGAGUUUUGAUUCUAGAGAUUAUAAGUGGCAAAGUGAAUAGCAGCUUCUACGAAACGGAUGAUACUCCGGGAAAUUUGGUCACACACGUUUGGAGACUUUGGAGAAACGGGUCACACUUAGAGCUUAUGGAUCCGGCCAUUGGAGAGAUCUAUCAGAGUGACGAAGUUACUAGAUGUAUCCAUAUCGCGUUACUUUGUGUUCAGAAUGAUCCUGCGGAUCGUCCAACGAUGUCGACAAUCAUAGUGAUGCUCACUAGUAACACGGUCACUUUACCGGUUCCACAUCAACCAGGAUUUUUCUUGCAAAGUAGACGCAAUGCUGAUAACUGUGCAUGGAAAUGAAUAUCAUAUUGUCCCUCCUCGACAAAUGACAUGGACAACGCUGGUGUAUUCUCCUUAGC